UGGAGAGAGAGAGAGAGAGAGAGAGAGAGAGUUUUUGCAUUGACCCGAUUCACUGAAGCCCAAACUUACAUGAGCCUGAACCUGCGCUGGGCUUUCGUACGCCGGGAGUAUUAGACAACCUCAACGCCCUCUUGGCGGGUGAAUUUGCGCCCGAAGGGGGCGCCUUUAUUACACUGGUCUUCAGGAGGAGGACGACCAGUGGCAACGGUUGUCUUGUCUUUCCCCUCUUCCAGUUUCUAAUAAUUCUCGUCAACCAUAGGUUCUCCCCACUCCCGGGGUCGGUUUGGAUUAUCUGGAAGAAGUCCCACCAAAACCAUUCGGAGGAAGAAGCUGAAUAUCUAAUUCAAGAACUCAGCUAGAAGACCAGAGCUUAGGUUUCUUGUUCUUCAAAGCUCCCGGCAGGUUUCUCGUUCUUCGGAGGUCGGACAGGCUGCGUCUCUCAAAGUGAUUUUGUUUUCUGUCAUUUAUCUCAAAGGCGGGUUUGCUUCUCUCAGCCACUACUGCUGUUUCCGGCGUUUAAAACAUGGGAAAGCACUUGCCUUUUAGUGGUCAAUGCAAGGUCGAGCUCGGGGAACAUCAGCCGGGAUGCUUCUGGGGCAUGCUUCAUGUUCUUGAUUACCACCACUGGCAGUAUAUGAAGAGACUGCUUCAUCACAAGAAACAUCAUAUGAGAAGAAAACGUAAUCGGUGUUGUGUAAAUCCGAAAACAAUCUCUUUUACUUAUGAUGCUGGGAAAGCACCAGAACAUAAUGAUGCUGAAUCAGAGCAUUUGCCGGGCCAGCAUCAUAUUGAAGGGGGGGAAACUUUAGUUGCUACAGAUAUAUCCAAUGAAGAGGUUGACAAGAAGCACGAUCAUCUGAUUGGUGGUGAGAUGGGUCGUACUACUCCAUGCUCGACUAAGGCGGAGGACGAGUUAUUUCAGAGAAUCCUCCACAAUUCCCAUUUUGGAAUUGUGAAAGAUGUUGCCACCGAAUAUGAUGCCAAUAGGGACCCGAGAUUCACCAAAGCUAGAUCAUUUCCCGUGCCCAGUUCCUCCGGGGUCCAAAGCUAUAAGGCCAGCACUCUCAAACACAAACAGAACGAAGUUUGGUUCUUUCCUGGGGGAGAUGGACGGGAGAUUGGCUCAUCUAAUUUUCCUAAGGAUCAUAAGAUACGGCUGAAGCCAUUUAACGGCAUUUUCAAACAAGAAACUACAUUUUCUUCUCUUGAUUCGCCGAAGACAGUUCACAGCCAUGGGUGGAAUCAUUUGAUUAUUAGUCAGUUCAAGGGUAUCAAGCGGAGGAUAAAACGUGCCCUCAAGGAAAACAGAAAAGGAGAUUCACCAACUGAAGCAAUUAUUGAUCACGGAAGCUCUACUGAUGACAAGAACGAAAAUUCUAAUGAUCGUGUCGAAGAGAGUAAGCUCCAAGGGAUGCUGAGAUUGUCCUCUUUGAAUGACUCACUAGAUAAAUAUGCCCGGUUAUUCGAGGAAAGUGUCAGCUUAGAGUCCAAAGCCACCAAGUUGAACAAUUCCAAGAGCCUAAAGUUGACGACCGAAGAUAGGACUAGCGCACCAAAAACCUUCAGAAGGAGACUCUCGCUGCCUGAUCAUGAGACACUUGGUGCUCUUCUGGGUGAUCUGUCUUAUGAUCAUCUUUAUUCGGGGCUGCCAACUAAGACGAAAACGGAAAGCAACAAAUCUAAAGAGUUGAAGCUGAAAAGUGAGCCAUUAGGUUCGUCACAUGACUUCCCAAAAAUUGAUCCAAUGGAGAAAUCAUCAGAAGGAAGAGAUGCAAAUUUGAUCACCGAACCGGGACAAAGUUCUGUUGGAGAUGGUACUGAAGAUCGGUUCGGUGAUGAUGAUAUUUGUGAUGAGAAUUCAGUUGAAUCUGUAAAGAGAAAAAAUAUUCUUAUCCACGGAGAGGAGAUUGGCAUGUCAUUGAAAGACGCCGCUGAGGCAGAACCAUCGAGUCCGGUAUCAGUUCUCCACUCCUUUUUAUCGCACUGGAAGACUGGGGUAGCACCAUUCUCUUUUUUGGAAGGAAUGGAGUUACAUCCCCUUGGUGCUUUAGAUGAUGGGAAUAUUGGUACGAGGAAUGAAGCCGCAGGCAAUCUCUUACAGACUCGUCCCAUAAUUGUUGAAGAGGAUGUGACCGACUUUAACUUCGUAAAAGACAUACUUAAGCUGGGGGGUUUCUUUCAAAAUGAGUUCAUCGAGCCAUGGGAGUCAAUGGACCUGCCGCUUAACCCGAAGCUGUUUGAUGACUCGGAGGUUUCAAAGCUUCAUGGAAUUGAAUGCUCUGACGGCCAAUGCGGGCACCAGGUCCUGUUUGAUCUGACUAACGAAGCUCUCCUUGAGAUUUGCGAGAGACACUUCACCUACUUCCCGAGAGCGUUCUCCUUAGGCCGAUUCACGAGACCGGUUACAAAGGGGCAGCAUCUUCUCGAAGAUGUCUGGACAAGAGUGAAGUGGUAUCGCAGCAUGGGGCCUGAGCUUGACACGACGUUAGAUGAUAUAGUUGGCCAGGAUAUGGCAAAGGGUGAUCGGUGGAUGGACCUCGAAUGGGAAAGCCAGUGCAGGGCUCUUGAGCUUGAGGACAUGAUCUUUGAUGAACUCGUAAACGAGCUUAUACGUUCUUGAUUGGAUUGUAGACCGAAGAACAAUAGCAGCUGUACAUGAAGUUUUACAACUACGCAGGUUCUUAUUCAUUUGAAAAUGGUUUGCCUGGAUCUUAUUAUUACCAUGUAGGCUGCCGGUAGGUUUGGUUUGGUGAUUAUUUGUAGCUUUUGGGAAUGGUUUUCUUGGACAAUAAGUUGUAUACUGCGAGGAAUUCAAUAGACACUGCAAUGUCAAAGAAGUUGUGCUUGCUGUAUCCGUGACAGUUCAAGGUGGACGUACAUAAGGAAGGCCGUGAAAAAUUGAUUAGGCACAACACCAAAUUACAAUAUAUCAGUGAUUUGAUCUAAUA